AUGGCCAUCGAGAUAAGCAAGUUGGCCAAGGAGGACAUCCCUUGCUCUGUGGAGAUUGUCCAAAAAGCGUUUGAGGAUGACCCGUACUUCCUCUGGGUUUUUGAUGCCCAAAAGUCAUGCCCUCUACAAGAAGAUGAUGAUAAUCCAUUUCCAAAAUUAGUAUUUUGUUUCGUACUAACUUCUCAUGCAACGACUUACGGUCGGUCGGGGAGAUAUCUCUUGACCGUUGCUGAGUUGAUCAAUUUCAUUCCCUUCAACAAACAGUUCUCGAAGGAAAGAAACGCAGCGUCCAUCACAGCCCGCUGUUUAUGGGGUAUCAACAAUGGUCUGUUCUACGUUGCCAAGGAAGUUCCAUCAACGAACGGUGAUGGAGCAGCGUCCGUCGGACCGCCCAAGAAAAAUGCAUCUCGCAUCGUAGGCGUUGCCAUGUGGCUUCCUCCUCAUCCGCUGUCUGAACCAGAAAGCUGGUACUCGUACUUCCAAUCCUGGAUCUUAACUUUUCGCCAGGCAGCAAACAAUAUCCUUUUCCGUGGCCAUGGUGGUCUCAACGUCAAACGCUACUGGAUCUGGAAGGAUGCUCAAAAUGCUGUCCAAAGCGAAAUCUGGAAUGAUUCCCGAGGCUAUUACUUUUGCAAUGUGAUUGCGGUUGCGGACGAUGCGCGUGGAAAGGGUAUUGGAAAGAAACUGGUCGAGAUUGUCACGGACAAGGCUGAUCAGGAAGGAAUGAAGUGUUAUUUGGAAAGCUCCAAGAAAGUACCGAAUUUAGAAAUUUAUGGCCGUAUGGGGUUCAAAUUUGCGAAGGAAAUGGAGUGUCAUGAUGGGGAGGAUGUUUGCAAGCUUUAUUGUAUGACUCGCGAACCAAAAUACCCAAGCAAAACAACGCCGUUCAAAGGUUAG